GAAAGUUACCACAUAACGGCACCCCAAGGUUACCACAUUCCAACGUCCGACAGGUUACCACAUAACGGCACCCCAAGAUUACCACGUACCGACGUCCGACAGGUUACCACAUAACGGCACCCCAAGGUUACCACAUACCAACGUCCGAAAGGUUGUCAUGAAGGAUUCAUUGACAUGUAUGCCAUUUUUACUCCUGCUUCUUGCAAGAAUCUCCUCAGCAUCCUUGUGGACUAUCAUGGUUUUAACUAGUGACGUCAAAGAAGCCGGUACUACAGCGCACGUGUUUGCUAACAUCAGCGGUACUAAACGGGAUAGAUAUUACAUCUCCCUUGGGAAAAACCAUCCCCAAGGAGGGAUACAGUACUUUACGGCCAACAUGGCGAUCGGGAUCCCAUACAGAUUAACAGUAUGGCACGAUAACACCGGAGUCGACCCGGAUUGGAGAUUAGAAAGGAUCGUCCUCAUCAAACACAGAAGUUGGCACCAAUUUAUGUUCGUGUGUAAACGCUGGUUAUCAACGAACAGCUCACUCGUACAGAUCUUACCGGCAUCAGGUCACCUGUACAUUCCCGGGACGCGUAAGGCCACGUUCCCCGUAUUUACCAACAACUGUAAGAUGAACAUAACUGUUGAUGAUACGAUGGGUAGGGCCACGGUGAAGGCCGGAACGGACACCAAGUCAGGACAGACGGACAGUUUCCUAAUAACCAUAGAGUCAGAACACGUGUUCAUGGGCAUCGACAAGUUCGUUAUCCGAGUGGCGCCACAGAAAACAGUUCCCGAAACGUGUGAACAUACCUCGUCUUGCCUGUGUUAUACAAGAAUUCAACAGAACCUGACAAAAGCGGAUGAAUUAAAUGAGUUAGUCGAGGCGCUGAAGAGGGAACUAACUGUCGACAAGAAGAAAACGUCAGUAAACCUCCGCCGAUACAUCAGUGCAGAGGACAGCCGUCCGUCGUCCAAGGCGAUCGGAUCAGUGGGCGCUAUACUGCUAGUCGUACCUGUGGCACUCGUCGUACUAAGUGAUCUUAUCAAUAUUUUUAAAACAAAGAAAAAAAGACCCUGGUUAAGAUAUUCUGCCGCCCCAAAAACAGACAACUCAUCUCGACAUGACCCGCCACCCGAAUAUACAGUGUCCAAGGAGAACGGCGACGCCUUCGCGGACGAGUGGAAUUACGCGUGUGGUUCAUCUAUCCAGACAAUGGAGGAGAGUCCGUCGUCCGCCCAGACAGACGAAAAAAAUACAUCUGCCUGGUCAAUACCAGUAACAACAAAUCGAGGUCGUCAGUUGCAAGCAUCGUCAGACGAAGCUAGAGACGGAUAAACGUCAAAAUACGGAAACAUAUGGCUCACGACUCAUGUCAGUAUAACCUGGUCAGACAAUCAGUAUAACCUUGUUAGACUGUCAGUAUAACCUGGUCAGACUGUCAGUAUAACCUAGUCAGACUGUCAGUAUAACCUGGUCAGACUGUCAGUAUAACCUGGUCAGACUGUCAGUAUAACCCGGUCAGACUGUCAGUAUAACCUGUAUAGGGCUGAAUGCAUUUCCUGUAUUAAGAGUGGCGUAUUGUGGGUUUGUACAGCUUCAAAACUGGUAACUGCAUACAACAUGUGUAAGUUACAAAAUAACUGUAUGACAACACAGUACUGGUUUCGACGUACAAGCUGAUUUGUAUGCUUAAACAACUUUGGGAACAGAGUAGUGAUUUCUAUAAAACUUUACAAACAGGCUGAUGCAUGAAAAGUUUAGCUAGUCAAAUAAAUAUUAACGAACAGCGUAUAGGUAAUGCUUAAAGAUUUCUGAAUGAAAGCUUAUAAACGAUCGUAAUGUUUGUGAAUGUGUUUUUCGGCUUUAUUCCGUGGACAGGAAUAUAUAUCAAUCAUGUGAUCUGAUGUUUUAAUCGUUGUACCCUUCAGGUAUGUUUAUAUCGGAUGCCUUGCUUCGUGUGCUAUGUGUGUAUGUGAUGUAUUGUUAGCUUAACAUGCUGGUGUAAAUAAACCACGUGUAAUCGUUGUCA